AGCAUUGCAGUGAUUCGUUCCCACAUUUGGGGAAGGUCACGUUAUAGCGAACCGGGAGCUGCCUGCCUGCUGAAUUGUACUGCGCAAAACCCAUAGUCCGGAUUUGUGCCUGACGUCAUGGGUAGCCACCAUUAGAUUCGUUCUUUGACAGUUGGAGCACGGAGAGUCCAAGCAAAGACAGCCAUCAGCAUCCCCGCACGGCCUUACAAACGGGAGAGAACAAACAGAAAAGAUGUCGAGUGGACCGUUAUACGGUGCUACAUAGGGAGAGACCUCGUUUUCCUCCUCAUAGCGGCCCCCGAAAAGCGCUGCAGUGGAGAUGAGAAUGCGUCGCUAAGUGAAUGGAUACAUAGCUUUGCUGUUAAAGGGACGCAGUUGUUGCUUUUCUGCCUCUAAACAAACAGUGACAGUCCCACGGGGCUUUGGAUAAAGCAGCAAUAACAACAACUAAUCCCCAGAACGAGCACAACAACUAGGCUACGGCUGCUAACGGCAGGGAACCAAGGACAUAAACCAAGAAUAACAAUGGAAACGGCAGCAGGAACUGGUUUAAGUUAAAGACAAUAGAGAUUUUUGAGAAUAGCGAAUGUUUUCUUGGUAUGUACGUUAAUUUGAGCUUUUCUUUUCUGUGGAAAUGGGAGCUUUGACCAGCAGACAAAAUGCAGGAGUGGAAGAGGUCGAUAUACCGUCCAACUCGGUGUACCGCUAUCCACCGAAAUCUGGAAGCUACUUUGCCAACCACUUCAUCAUGGGCGGGGAGAAGUUUGACUCCACCCACCCCGAGGGAUACCUGUUCGGAGAGAACACCGACCUCAACUUCCUGGGAAUCAGACCAGUGGCGUUUCCCUAUGCGGCCCCGCCUCCUCAGGAGCCAGUAAAGACGCUACGAAGCCUUAUAAACAUCCGUAAAGAUACACUGAGGCUCGUACGGUGUAGUGAGGACCUGAAACUGCCAGGGGAGGACGUGGCAGGGAAAAGCAAAGCCUGUUACAACAUAGAGUUCACCUUCGACGCUGACACACAGGUGGCCAUCACAAUCUACUAUCAAGCUAUAGAGGAGUUCCACAACGGAGUGCCUAUCUACAUUCCCCAGGACAGCUCUCUCCAGUCAGAGACGGUGCACUUUAAGAGAGGAGUCUGUCAGCAGUUCUGUCUGCCCUCCCACUCCAUCAAUCUGUCGGAGUGGGCCGAUGAGGAGUUGCUGUUUGACAUGGAUAAGGAUGUGUUUCCCAUGGUCGUUCAAGCGACAGUAGACGAGGGGGAAGAUCACAUGGGUCACUCCCAUGUACUCCUGGCCACCUUUGAGAAGCACAUGGAUGGGAGCUACUGUGUCAAACCUCUGAAACAGAAACAAGUGGUGGAUGGGGUGAGUUACCUUCUUCAGGAGAUCUACGGCAUCGAGAACAAGUACAACAGCCAAGAAUCAAAGGUUGCGGAUGAUGAGAUCAGUGAUAACAGUGCGGAGUGUGUGGUGUGUCUGUCGGACGUACGCGACACACUCAUCCUGCCCUGCAGACACCUGUGUCUCUGUAAUGCCUGCGCAGACACUCUCCGCUACCAGGCCAACUGCUGCCCCAUAUGCAGACUGCCGUUCCGGGCCCUGCUGCAGAUCCGAGCCAUGAGGAAGAAGCUGAGUCCUCUCUCUCCUGCCGGGUUUAACCCCGUUAUCACCUCCCAGACCUCUGACUCAGAGGAACACUCGGCGUCGGACCACAUCCCCCCAGGUUAUGAGGCCGUGUCUCUCCUGGAGGCUCUGAACGGGCCCCUGAGCGUGUCUCCCUCGGCCCCCCCUCUGCAGGACCUCUCUGGGGGCCACGUCUCAGGGACCCUGCCCCACUAUAGCAGUGAGACCCACCCAGCCCCGGCACGCUCCAUGUCCCCCCUGGACCACUCCAACUCCAGCCAGGGACUCAAACUGAAGAAGAGCGGCUCCAAGUCUCUCUCCCAGAAUUCUUCGGUGCUGCCCGAGGAGGAGGACGAGAAGUCAGAACGCAGUGAAUCAGAAGUUCAGGCCUGCCGCCGGAAACAACAACCGGAGAGUGGUGUAACUCCAGAGAGUGAGAACCUGACUCUAUCUUCGUCUGGAGCCAUCGACCAGUCCUCCUGUACUGGAACACCUUUCUCCUCCACCAUCACCUCCCCUGAAGACCAAGUGAGCAGUAGCCUGGCCCAGUCAGUCAUGUCCAUGGCUUCGUCCCACAGCCAUCACUCUCAGAUCAGCACUGACACCCUGUCUUCCAUGUCCGGUUCCUACCUGGCUGGGCCGGAGGGGGAGGUAGAGGGGGAGGAGGGGAGAGAAGCAAAGGGGGAGGAGAACCAGGAUGCACCCAUGGAGAGCCGGGGACCCUCACAGCAGGAUGGGGAAGAGCUACCCAUGGAACCAAAAGAACAGAACUUCUCAGUCGCUGUGUCAGACGAGCAGGAUUCAGAGGGAAAUGAUGUCACAGAGGAAGACUGCCCCUCCCCUUCCCACGAGCAGGGUGGGCGGAGCAGGUGUCCAGAGUUGGCCAAUAACAAUCAGGGCGUCGCCCUCUGCGACACGCACUGUUUGGGGGGGCUGGACAAUGAGCAGGUUCCCGACUGCCGAUUCGCCGGUCUGAUGUAUCUGGGAGGCUAUAGGCCAGUGUUGGAGCCUCUCCCCCACCACACCUCAACCAGUAAUAUCAACCUGGAGGAGCAGGGGGCGGAGACUAGGGAUGGCCAGAGUCCCAAACAAACACCUCACACACCACGCCGCGGACCACUCAUAGUGUAACAUGCACACACCCGUCCAAUUCCGACCUCAGCGUCAUAACAGCACAGACUGAUAUUUUAGCCAUUUUACACAACCUCAUGAUUACGCAGUAGACCUCGGCCUUCCUUCCUGCAUCUCCUCACCUAAUCAACCAACGCCCAUGUCCUGAGGCAGUAUCCUCACUCAACCGUCCUGCACCUCUCCUCACUCAACCGUCCUGCACCUCUCCUCACUCAACCGUCCUGCACCUCUCCUCACUCAACCGUCCUGCACCUGUCCUCACUCAACCGUCCUGCACCUGUCCUCACUCAACCGUCCUGCACCUCUCCUCACUCAACCGUCCUGCACCUCUCCUCACUCAACCGUCCUGCACCUCUCCUCACUCAACCGUCCUGCACCUCUCCUCACUCAACCGUCCUGCACCUCUCCUCACUCAACCGUCCUGCACCUCUCCUCACUCAACCGUCCUGCACCUCUCCUCACUCAACCGUCCUGCACCUCUCCUCACUCAACCGUCCUGCACCUCUCCUCACUCAACCGUCCUGCACCUCUCCUAAACUCAACCGUCCUGCACCUCUCCUCACUCAACCGUCCUGCACCUCUCCUCACUCAACCGUCCUGCACCUCUCCUCACUCAACCGUCCUGCACCUCUCCUCACUCAACCGUCCUGCACCUCUCCUCACUCAACCGUCCUGCACCUCUCCUCACUCAACCGUCCUGCACCUCUCCUCACUCAACCGUCCUGCACCUCUCCUCACUCAACCGUCCUGCACCUCUCCUCACUCAACCGUCCUGCACCUCUCCUAAACUCAACCGUCCUGCACCUCUCCUAAACUCAACCGUCCUGCACCUCUCCUAUACUCAACCGUCCUGCACCUCUCCUUGCUCUGGACAAUAGAUGAGAAGCAUCUAUCUCAGUUGCUAAAUCUAACAGGGAAAUGUUGAAGAGGAUUUAACCUAUCCACAGUCCAAAAAGGAGACUGCUAGAGUUAGACCAUUCUCCCCCUCAAUGUGUCAUAAUGGCUUUCUUGUGUUUCGUGUCAUUGGUAGACCUUUGGGACUCCUCCCCUUGCCUCUACCAACCAACCAAUCAGGGGUUAGUGUGAUCUGCAAUCUAAUUAAUAUUCAUGUAUUUCUGUUUGACCUUCUAACGAGUGGUCGAACACUAUAAAAACAACAGUUAGCUUCACUAGACUACCAAACUGGAUUGUACUGGACUGGACUCGCCAACUCCGGUCCAUGAACCAGUAGACUCUGGCCCUGGUUUUGCAUGCAGCUCUUUUGUCUCCAAUCAGCCCUACUGUACUCAACUGUGAUCUAUCCUGAAUGGGACUUGCCUCGUUAGCUAAGAAACUGGACUUGCUGUACAUGGUGGUGAAUGGAGGAUUUAAUCCAAAAUGGCGGUGGUGGAUAGAUACUGAACUGUAAAGAAAACAGAGUGGAGUCCCUGAGAAUGUACAAUGCCGAUGGAGGAUGUGUAACACUCAGAGGAGAAUGUAACGUAAUGAUUUGUUUUGGGGUUAUUAACUGUAGAAGAAUGACCUCUGAACUUUGAACUAUCACCUGUGUCCCUUGCACACCUUUCCUAACACACACACAGUCAUACACACCAGAUUAUCUCAGUCUUACUGGUGUAAAGAGCUUCACCACAAAGACACUAAAGCAAUACAGAACCUGUACCUGUAAACAAGUAACACACAUAACCCAACAAAAACACCUGUGCUGUUCGAUAGACAAACCUGAACCUUCUCAUUUUGUGAAAACCUUUAGUUUGUUUAAUUUUCUAUUAUAUUGUUUUUAGUGUAUGCUCUACUGUUAAUGUCGUCACAUGUUCUGUGUUUUAUUUGUUUAAACAAAAAUGUGUUACUCAUUCCGUGGAUGAUAUGUGAAAUUAAUAAUUGUAUUUGAGAAGAAAAAAAACACGACAUAAAAAAAGGGAUGAUGACACCAACAUGGAAUGCACUUCUUGCUGUUACCUAGGCAACACACUUUGCGGUGCAUGAGGCGAUUGUAGAGUAAAGCAUGGUAGUCUAGGUCAGUCUCCACCCCUGUAGAGUACCCACAGUGGUAUGCUCCACAGAUCCACACACCCCUAAAGAGUACCCAUAGUGGUACACCCCUCUGACCUUUCUGUAUUGUCAUAUUGUCUCCAAAUGACACCCUAUUCCCUAUAUAGUGCACUACUUUGACCAGAUCCCAAUUCCCUGUAUUGUGCACUACAUUUGACCAGAGCCUUAUUCCCUUUUAAGUGAAGGUAGCGAGCCAUAUGGGGGAAUAGGGUGCCAUUUGAGAUUCUUAGAUAGUCUAUAAGAUACACUACAGAUGCUCUCUUCCUUAUCCUCAACUACAGGCUGGCUACAGCUCUGUUAGCUAGUGUUCACACACCGUCAGCUCAUACACCUCUACCUGUAUCCCUCUCACCUACAGUAUACUGGACCAUGGGUCACUUUUGUAGAAUGCUGAUUGAAAAUGUCAACUGCAAGAAAAAAAAUAAAGUUUUUCGAACUAAA